AUGGAUUUAUACCACUACUUAUUUAAAUUCAUUAUAGUUGGAGAUGCCAGUGUAGGAAAGUCUUGUAUACUUCUUAGAUACACAGAGAAAUAAUUUAGAGAUGAACAUGAUACAACAAUAGGAGUUGAAUUUGGAUCAUAAUUAUUAAAGAAGAAUGAUAAAACAUUGAAAAUAUAAAUAUGGGAUACGGCUGGUUAAGAAUCAUUUAAAUCAAUAACAAGAUCAUAUUAUAAAGGGUUGAUAUUAGUUUCUAUAUUUUAGUUCAAUAGGUGUACUAUUAGUCUUUGAUAUUACCAAUCGAGAUUCUUUUCAUAAUGUCUAAAAGUGGUAUAACGAUGUAAAUGAUCAGGCAGCAUCUAAUUGUACAAUUGUAUUAGUUGGCAAUAAAACAGAUCUUGAAUCAUAGUAAUCCAAUACUUUAAACUUAGACGUAAGAUUACAACAAUUGAAGCAAAAGCUUUAGCAGAUUAAUAUAAAAUGCAAUAUAUUGAAACAUCUGCCAAAACCAAUUAAAAUAUUGAUUUUCUUUUUGAAACAACUGCAUCAUAAAUUUUAGAUAAAAUUGAUAAGUAAUUAAUUGAUUUUGCUAAUGAAGUAUUCAUUCAAAUAAUAUUAUUAGGAUAGUGGUAUUAAAUUAGGGACUUUUUAUAAAUAAGGUAAAGAAGGCAAUAAAGAUAAAGAUAAUGAUUGUAAGUGUUGA